AUGACUCUAGAGACACCCCUCCACGCGUCUCCUGCGGGUCCCCGGCCCCAGCACACGCGCUUGCUGAAUGAGCGAACGCUGGGGGGCGUCUGCUCCUUCUCCCUCAGCUGUCUGGAGAGGGGGGGCCUGGUGGGUGCUGAGGGCUCGGGGGUCCAGGCCUGGUGGGGCCGAGGCGGGGAGUGGCCCCGCGAGGGAGCCCCGGCAAAGCCCCCACAGGCCGGAGCAGCCGGACCACCCCACUCCUGCUCCCACCCACCCACGGGACGGGCUGUAGACAAGCUCUCCCUGCCUCACCCCCUCCUGGGCCCCGGCGGCCUCGGCCUCUCCACACCCUGUGCCCAGCGCUACCUGCUUCUCCCCUCCAGCCGUCCACCCCUGGCCGACUCUAACCGACUUUCUGUUGCUGCAAAUUUGCAGAUUCUGGACAUUUCGUAUCAGCGAGCUCCUCUCGGGGCCACCCUUGGGCGUCUGACUUAUUUCACGACGUCGUGGGGUCCCUCCGUGUGGAAGUGUGUGCACACGUCCCUCCUCCGCGAUGACCACAGUGCACAGACGCCCGCACGAGCCCCUGCGCUCGGCUCUUCCGGUGCCUUCGUGCAGUUGCAGCUCCCACGCGUGAUUCCCGAGGGACCGCCGAGCAGCGUCCCGCCGAGCCUGCUCCGUUUCACCUUCCCACCAGGCGGCACCUCCGCGCCCAUUUCCCAGUCGGAGAAAACCGAGUCUGAGAGGCCCCUGAGCGAGCUGCUCCUGGCCCCGUCCAUCCCUCCAUACCCCCGAAACCAGAGCCGGCCGGGAAACCGAGCUCUGCAGGCGGGGGGCCCUCCGGCCAGCGGGGAGCAGCUGCCCACCCCCGGCAGACUGAGGCCUCCCGGCGACAGUGCCCGGAAGCCCCGAAGCCACAUGCGCCUGCAGCCCAGGGUGACACCGGCCCUGACUGCGCAGGGGACGGCCCGGGACCACCCUCGCCUGGGCCGGAGCCGCUGCUGUUCGGGGAAAGGACAUCUCCAGCCGGCAGCUCCUGCUUGGGCCACCCGCGGGGUCCCCGCUCCUGGACACAAAUGCAGAGCCCCCGGUGCCCCCAGGGUCAGCUCCCGAGGGGGCCGCGAGGCCUUUCCCCUCCUCCCUGUGCCCAGGGCCCAGCCUGCAGCUUUAGGACACCGUCCCCUCGCCUGUCCAGAGGGUUGGGGAGCAGCCCCGGCCCCGACAGUGGCUCAGGCAGAUGGGGGCCUAGCAGGGAUGGGCCGGCGCCCCCGAAAACGGCGUCUGUCGUGCUGUGGCCGAAACAACUCCUUGCCCCUUUUCCCCCACUCCCACUCUGGGGUGUGCCUCGUCAUUUGCGCCCUCAGCCCAGAUUCCGGGCUCCACGGGGCACCCCCAGCCGCGGGCAUCUUGCCGGCCCCGAGCAUCCUCCCAUGCUGGGGGCUCAUGCCCGCGUCCCAGCCCUUCUCGUGGCUGAGCAGAGACCCCUGCACUCACCCUGGAGCACGUGUGGGUGCUUUCCAGUUUGGGGGUGCAAACAGCGCCGUGCGCCCUCCUGAGCGUGGGCACGAGGGGCCUGGACGGCUGCCCUGCAGGUGUGGCAGGGCCUCGGAGAGCGUCCGCACCUUCCCGGGCCCCCCGGCAGAGCUCCUCCCUGGUGACCCUGGACCCAGCAGGCCCACCCAGGCUGACCCUGGUGCCCCAGGGGACGGGAGGGCAGGAGCCCCGGGUCCUGGGGGCGGGGGUCACUCCCAGCUCACAGGAGAGACGUGGAACAUUCCCUCGCAGCCGGGGCCAGGGCUAGAGCUGCACACCAAGUGCCAGGCCUCAGGCCCACGCCGCUCGGCCCCAGGACACCCCUCCCACCCAGGGGACAGUGGGGUUGGGGGACCUGGGGGCAGCGUGGGCAGCCUCACCGCCCUCAUCUGGGGUGAGAUUUGGCACCACCGGUUCUGUGGCCCAAAACUUGGGCCCGGUGAGCACAGGCUUUCACGCAGGCGGAAGUGA